AUAAAAGUUUCAGAGUAGACAAGUAGCCUUGGUGCUACUUUUCACAACUGAUUAUUUAUCUAACUGGCUUAACUCCAAAAUAGAGUAACAAAGUAAUUUAAAUUAAUGGGCGGGUUUCCAAUAUGGAUCCGCAAUACUUUAGUCCCAAAGUUGAGUACGGUGUCAUAUUGGAAAAGCUAAAAGACGAAUUCAACAAGAAAUUUAACCGUAAUACCCCGUCGCCGUCGUGUGGUCUCGAUAACUUUAUAAUCAGAGCGACCCUAGGGGCUGGCUCAUUUGGCAAGGUGCAGCUGGUCAAGGAAAGGGACGGUGAUAACUAUUACGCCUCGAAACAGUUGAGCAAAGAUCAAAUAGUUAAGACCAAACAGAUCGCUCAUGUCAUGAGCGAAAAAAAAGUACUGAACUCAAUGUGCUUUCCAUUCACCGUCAAUCUGAUCUCUUCGUACAAGGACAACGACAGCCUUUACCUAAUUCUGCCUCUUAUAAUGGGCGGCGAACUGUUUACCUACCAUCGCAAAGUUCGCAAAUUCAGCGAAAAACAGGCUCGCUUCUAUGCCGCUCAGGUGUUCCUCGCUCUGGAGUAUCUACAUUUUUGCAGUCUAUUAUAUCGUGAUCUGAAGCCCGAGAACAUUAUGCUUGAUAAGAACGGUUAUCUGAAGGUUACCGAUUUUGGAUUUGCAAAAAAAGUCGAAACGCGUACGAUGACCCUGUGUGGGACUCCCGAGUAUCUGCCACCGGAGAUUAUACAGUCAAAGCCAUAUGGCACCAGCGUGGAUUGGUGGGCUUUUGGUGUGCUAAUCUACGAGUUUGUGGCUGGCCAAUCUCCGUUUGCCGUACACAGUCGUGACGUCAUGGUCAUGUACAACAAGAUAUGCGAAGCGGACUACAAGAUGCCCAGCAGCUUCUCGGCCCCACUGCGGAAUCUGGUGGAUCACUUGUUGCAAGUCGAUCUUUCGAAACGAUUUGGUAAUUUGAUCGGUGGCAACAAGGACAUCAAGAAUCACGAGUGGUUUAAAGAGGUAGAGUGGAUACCACUGCUUAACCAGACCUUACAGCCUCCGUACACGCCCACAAUCACAAGUGCCGAGGAUAUUUCCAACUUCGAUAAGCACCCUGAAGGUAAGCCGAAGCAAAAGGCAAAGACCGUCAAGCAUGAAGAGGCUUUCAUUGACUUCUGAAGCCAGAAAAAACAGCUGCAGAUUACAGGAUAUCAACCAACUAAAGCCAGUCGUAAAUAGUUAAAUAUUUUCAAGAAAUAAAGUUUAGAAUUGUCUUAUAUUGUUAAACAGA